AGGUUUUGUUUGAAGUCGAGUGAACAUGGGAACGUCGAUUGACCGAGCAAAGCACCACAAACCUCGCGACUCAAGUAACGACUUGGACAGCGACCGGAUUCAAGCCGCCUCCCAACGGCUAUAUUCCCGCAUUGACGAAGCGACUCCUCCCCCGCUAUGAACGCUACCAUCGAGACCACGGCCAUCACCACCACAGCGCACGCUCUCCCAACGGUCACUCCUCCCUCCCUCUUCUUUGCCGCUUUGAGCACCGCACUUUCUCUUCCUCUGUCCGAAACGGUUCUUUCUCUCUGUUCGAUUCCAUCUGCUCCGCCUCAUUCAUUUGCGAGAUCUAAGACAGGAUGGAGACGGCGAAGGUGCAGCACGUGAGCAAGGCGUCGUCCGACGAGCUCCUCAGCAAGUUCGCCGAGCUCGACGACGGAACCCCGGCCGGCCCCUCCGCCCUCCUCCGCCACGCCUCUCCUCUCGUCACCAGGAAGAGAUCCAGGCGCACCGUCUCCGCCGGCGACGAGGCCGUUAGGGCAAGGAGGCGGAGGAAGAGCAAGGGCGGGCUGGCGGAGCGGAAGUCCCUCCUCCCCAGCUCCAAUCGCAGGCCCGCUUCCCUGCUCCGCAAGAUGGGGAUCCGUCGGCCCGAGGACGGCGGCCCUGGAAUCGGACUCGUCCUCGCCAUUGCUCUUGAGAAGACGUGGCGUAAGACUGUGGAAGGUGCAUCGAAGGUGUUUGUAGAAAAGCACCACCAGAAACAUGUUCGUCUUAUCAGUGACAUGGUCUGAAUCGACCAUAGCACACACUCUCUCUCUCUCUCUCGCUUGGGAGCAGCAACGACCAUGAGAUUUCUUCAAGGAGUGCUUUAGCAUGGCUAGAAAAGUCAACCUAUGCUUGGAAGGAAGAGAAACCUACCGAUUGACAGAUCAAUCCGAUCGCGCUUGCUGCAAGCUCAAGGUCAAGAAACUUUUCUAUUUGCGCCAGCUGUUCUAAAUCGUUGACAUUUGGACCAUUCAUCUCUCAGAGCAUGUGCACCAGCCACCAGAUCCAGCUAAUAUAUGUUCUUCUCUCUCAACUUUGAUUGCUC